AUGACACCGCCUACGGAACCAGACCCAGCGUCGCCCGAAGCUUUCGAGCCCCGCGAGAGCGACCAUCCCGCCCUCCACCCUUCUAUCACCAACGUCCCUGUCACGCCUGGCGUACACUUGACUGGCCAGUCGGCCUACAUCGACCCCGAAGACACUGAUUCCACCAGCAAAUUGCCUUUUGACCCCGAGAAAGCCACCCCAGGGCCAUCGUGGAGCGCCAACUCAUAUUUUGCGGACAAGCAGCAGGUCCAGGACAAGGCUGGCUCCACCUUCGAGGCAGGUACAGCUCAAACAGAGAAAGACACUCAACAGAAAAUGGAGCCAAGGCCCGAUGAAUCGACUGAGAACGACCUGUCCAGCGUGGAUCCGCGUGCAGCACACCCAGGGCUGAACCUUAGCGGUCGCAUCAUCAGUGCCACAUUCGCUGUACCGUACAACAUUGGCUUUUCCAAGGGUAACGAUUGGGAACUUGAGCCACGGCGCGGCACCUCAGCUCUGUUCGACUCCUUUUCAUACCUGGCCUCGUCUUCGUCACCAUGGAACCACACGCUUGUUGGCUGGACUGGCGAGAUAUCUACAGCAAAGUCCGCAGGGGACUUGGCCGUGCAACCGCCUGUGAACAAGGCUGCUGCGCCGAUUCCCGUUGACCCAAAGAAGCCAAACCCAGUACCUCAGCAGCCUACCGGCUUGCGCAUCGGCCGCGACGACAGGGUGCGUCUGGAGAAGCAGCUCGAGCGCGAUCACGGUGGUAAGAUCGUCCCCGUAUGGCUAGUCGAUGAAGUGGACGAUCACAAGGACGAGUAUGUUGUCAAGGACCAGAGCCGCUGGCGCACUUUCGCCGAGCACGAGCUAUACACAUUAUUCCAUUACAAGCAGAAUGAACCCGAGGACGGCCGUGCCGCACGCAAGUCUUGGGCCGACUACUACCGCAUGAAUAAGCUUUUUGCGGACAGAAUACUCGAGAUCUACAACCCUGGCGACAUAAUCAUGGUGCACGACUUCUAUCUGCUCCUGCUUCCCAGCCUGCUCCGCCAACGUCUUCCCAACAUCUACAUUGGCUUUUUCCUCCAUGUCCCCUUCCCGAGUAGCGAGUUCUACAGGUGCCUGAGCAGGAGAAAGGAGAUAUUGGAAGGUGUUCUGGGUGCCAACAUGAUUGGUUUCCAGUCGUAUAGCUACUCGCGACACUUUUCGUCAUGCUGCACGCGGAUCCUAGGCUUUGACUCUUCCUCGGCCGGAGUCGAUGCUUAUGGAGCCCACGUAGCUGUCGACGUGUUCCCAAUUGGUAUCAAUGCGGCUUCGACUCAGCGGCAAGCUUUCGGUGACCCUGAGAUCGAUGAUCGCAUCAAGGGCAUCCGCGAGAUGUAUGCCGGAAAGAAGAUCAUUGUCGGUCGUGAUAGGCUGGAUGCUGUUCGUGGUGUUGUCCAGAAAUUGCAAGCAUUCGAAAUGUUUCUCGAAAAGUAUCCAGAGUGGCAAGGGAAAGUCGUCCUUAUCCAGGUCACUAGCCCUAGUAGUGUUCAUACGGACAGAGGCGAGAGUGCGCGGGAAAGGAUUGUCAACAACAUAUCAGAUCUUGCCGCCAAGAUCAAUGGUGUUCACGGCUCUCUCGACUUCACCCCCGUUCGCCAUUUCCCCCAGUAUCUCUCACGGGAGGAAUAUUUCGCCCUGCUUCGACUCGCAGAUAUUGGUCUCAUCACGAGUGUGCGAGAUGGUAUGAACACGACAAGCAUGGAAUACGUCAUAUGUCAGAAAGACAACCACGGUCCACUCAUCCUCUCAGAAUUCUCAGGAACUGCAGGCUCGUUGAGCGGAGCGAUCCAUAUCAACCCAUGGGACCUGGGCGGUGUGGCGGACGCCAUUAAUGAAGCUCUCAAGCUCGAUGACCAGCAGCGAGAGCAGCAGCAUACAAAACUCUACAACCACGUCGUGUCAAAUAACGUGCAGUCGUGGACGAACAACUACCUGAAGAGGCUCAUGACUAACCUUUCUGCGUUCGACCAGUCAUUUGCUACUCCUGCUCUGGAUCGGGCGAAGCUCUUGUCUCAAUACCGGCAAGCGAAGAAGCGACUUUUCAUGUUCGAUUACGACGGCACUUUGACACCCAUCGUGAAGGAUCCUCAGGCAGCCAUUCCCUCCGACCGGGUGAUUCGCACGUUGAAGACACUGGCUUCAGACCCUAACAAUGCUGUUUGGAUCAUCAGUGGCAGAGAUCAGGCUUUCUUGGACGAGUGGAUGGGCCACAUCUCCGAACUGGGCCUCAGUGCCGAGCACGGAAGCUUUAUGCGACACCCAAAAAGCCAGGACUGGGAAAAUUUGACAGAGACGACCGACAUGAGCUGGCGGAAGGAGGUCAUCGAUGUGUUCCAGUACUACACUGACAAGACAACUGGUGAGUUCCUUCGUCGAGACAAAGAAGAUUGCUUUGACAUGGCAUUAUCGGAGGAGCUGAAUCCGGAAUACGGCGCCACAUCAAGACUCGCGAAGUGCCCAGAAGCAUCUUGA